UUAGUGAGAAUUCAAACUGUCAUCUCUCUCCAGCUAUCUUUCUUUUUCUCUCUCUUUUAAAUACCGAUGGCAUAUAUUUUAGUAGUUUGUAAAAUGAAUGUGGCUUUAGUGUGUGUCAGUAGAGAUGGGUGGAUCAUGGGUGAAUGUUUAAGAUGAAAUCUUGGUGUUUCACUCUUGCAGCGAUUCCACUGUAAGAACGAAUCUGAUUCCUCACAUGACAUUUUGAUUCUGGCAGCCCAGGCAGAAUAAUCACCACGCUGCAGUGUCAGCUGCACCUGCACAUCAACAAAUCCAUAGUACAACAGAUUCAGUGCUGAAUUAGUUCGUUGUAUCGUUUCAUCAGAGAGCUCACUAAAGGCGUAUCCUUAUUGUCACUUUGCUUAACCUGCAAUUACAGGCACGCUCUAUCUCUCUCGCUCUCACACUCUCACUCUUUCUCUCUUACACACACACAUAUGCACAAGACCACACAGUGAGGUGAAUGCACUCAUGAAGCAUUGUAGCUCUACAUCCUGCCUGUGAAGAUGGACUUUGACUACCAGAAGAUUAAAGAUGCUGAAUCUCUUCAGAGGGAAGAGCGACUCAGCUCACAGCCAAUUCAAUACCCAAAACCCAUGCCUCGUCUGUCUGUCGCCCCAGAGACCCAACCCACCAGCCGGAAGCCUCCAGUCAAACCCAGACGAAGCAUAAAAUGCCGUCCUACUGUACAGCAAGGAGAAGGACAGUCAAACAGCCAGGCCUAUCAGAAAGACAAUGAGGUGAAGCGGAUAGCUCCCUCUCAGGUGUUGGGUCCCGUGGGGCCCCUGGAAGCUCAGACUCCAUCUCUUCAGGCUCACAUCCUGUUGUGGUUUCAGAGAACGCAGCUACCUCGCCUGCAAACACCCGGACGCCCGCUGCCAUGCUGGCUCCAUGGCUUCGCCACGCGCAGGGAGGCAGAGCAGCUACUGCAGGAUAAGCAGCAGGGCUGUUUCCUGUUGAGGCUCAGUGAGUCAAAGAUUGGCUUUGUGCUCUCCUACAGGGGUGCGGACAGGUGUCGGCACUUCAUCAUCGAGGAAGUAAGCGAAGUAUCUGGACUGAACGGCCAGUAUGUGAUUGCUGGUGAGAACAGCAGGCACAGCAGUCUGGAAGAGCUGAUAAACUACUACACGUACAAUCCAGUGGGGCCCUUCAAUGAAACACUCACUGUGCCCUGUGCGCAGCCCAGCAGCAGCACUGAUGAGAUAGCAAAGCUGGGAGUGAGAAAUGAAGUAGGAGUGCACGAAAGAGGACAGACAACAGAAGACACUGCACAGUCUAUCCCAGAGUGCUCUGCUACAGACUCUGCAAGGCAAGUCGCCGUCGUUGCCUCUGAUUCGGCACAGUAUGCUGUGGUGAGGAAGACCCUGAAGAAGACUCAGUCUCUCCCAGAGAGCAAGAAUGUACCAGAUACAGUGCACUCUUGCCCAGAGAAUGGCAUAGAAGAGCUUGUUGUAAGCAGUGCAGGAGACCUGGCCCACCCUAUAGAUGCCCCCUAUGCUCGGGUCAACAAACCACCCCGCGCUGUACAAAACCCCUCCUUCAGCGACACCGACCCUGACCCCAGCUUACUCGGGGCAGCAGCAUCCACUGGUUCCCAUUCUUUACCGAGCGCUGCAGCCAUAGCAGAACAGAAGUACUGGGAACUAGAGCCUCUGCACACUUAUGAGGAGACCCUGCACACGCGCAGACGCGACGGGGAGAUCGACUUUUAUGCCAUGGGGAGGCGCAGAGAAUUAAAUAGUGAUGCAGGAGAUCUCCCCCUUAAUCACCUUUACUCAGAGGUCAAUAUUAAAGGGACCAGAGAUGACAGUGCGCAAGCUCUUCCACAAACCAGGGCAGCCUCCAUGCUUAACUUCACCGCUCCAUCUUCAAGGCCUAACCCAAGCUUGCCCUCAAGACCACCCCCUAGACAUGCAGCCUUUCGAACCGAAUGCAGCGUACAGAGUUUUGGUGGUUCACCAGGCAUGACUCCACACCCACUCUUCAGCCCUAACCACUCAGAUCAUCUGCAGCCUGAAAACUCUGGCUUCUCCAUAUAUGAGCAGAUACCAGAGAGACGAGCUAACUCAAGACCUCCUCUGCCACCUCCUAACCCCAAACGUUAAGCCAAGAUUAAAUCCCAUAACUCCUAAGAUUGCUACCGGUAACAUCUGCUUUUUAUUGAAAAGGCUGGCCACAGAUAGUAGAAGAGUGUGCGGAGGACAAUACAACCCACCUAGAACUGUUCCUAACCCAGCGCUUAACAGCCACCCCAGUCAUUGUUCUAGUCCAUUUCCAAAUUAACCAGUUAGAAGCCUCUAUUUUUACGAGUGUAACUGCAAACCUAAAUGGUUUUCUCAUUUUUAAGUGAGCUUAUUCACAGCAGUGAACCUAUAGUUCAGACUAUAAAGGUCAAAACUUUUUUGAAAUUGAGAAAAAAUAUGUUUAUAAUGCUUAUUUUGAUAGCACUAUGAGAUUUCUAGUACUAUAAUAGUGCUAAUAGGCAUACACAUGAGCAGUUUUGUCUGAUCUUAAUGCAACAUAGAACUUUGACGCUUGGAACAGGCAAUCUGUAUGUUUUAUUUGGAGUUUGUAACAUUUAACAUUUGCCUUAUAUGUAGCAGUGCUCCAGUGACCAUUAGUAAAGAACCAUACCAUAUAACCAUUACCACUGUUUUUCAUUUCUAACAACUCACUAAAACCUGCUUAGACUGUACAUCCUAUUUCACAGCCAGUUCUUCCUUUCACAAAGUUGUUUCCAAUCAUGUGAUUAGUUCAUUCCAGUCCUGUCAUUUGAUAGUUCUAUUCAUAGUUCAUUUUAAGACCAGAGUACACCAAUUGGCAAAACACCAACAUUUUCAUGUCUGUAAUGCCCUCAGAAAGUUCAGAAAAACUGACAUAAAUGUAAAGUAAAAUGAAACAGACUGAAUGAGCAGAGAGAACUCCAGUCUUUCAACAGUCAAAAAACACAGGGACACAAGUGCACAAGGUCUUCUGUUUGGCUUCUGAAGGCCUACCAAAUUUGGACAGCUCACCUGGCUAAAUCUACCUAGAUACUACAAUAGAAAAAAUUGUUUGUACAAUACUCUGCUCAGCAUUUUGAAGUAGCAAAUUAACCAAAUUUAACCAAGUUAAAGUUUAACCAAAUUAAAGUUUUCCAGUUAAACUAAUCAAUCGCCUUCAGUACGUCCAAAAUUCAGCAGCCAGGGUUCCUACCUCCACCAAGCAUUCAGCUCGUCACUCCUAUUCUUCGACAGUUGCACUGGCUUACUAUUAGUUCUAGGAUCAAGUACAAAAUCCUUCUUCUUACUUUCAAGUCUUUACAUGGUCUGGCUCUGACGUACCUUACUUUAUACUGUUCCUCUCGUGAUCUCCGGUCUUCUAAUGCUGGACUCCUCAAAGUUCCCUCAAUUAGACUUUCUACUAAGGGUGGCAGAUCUUUCACUGCUGCUGCCUCAAAACUCUGGAAUUCUCUACCUUCCACUCUUCGUAUUUGCUCUUCUGUCUUCCUUCAAAUCCCUGUUAAAAACCUUCCUUUCUUCCUCUGUAGUAUUUUUUUUUGACGUAAGGCGUCUUUGGGUUUGUGAAAGGCACUAUACAAAUUGAACGUAUUAUUAUUAUUAACAUACUACAUUUAUAUUUUUAAGUAAAUACAUCAAGCAUUAUGAUUCUAUGCAACAAAAAAAAAAUUUAAGUUUCUAAAAAUGAUUAGGCCUUUUUUGAAGGUAUAAUAAGGCUCUGAUUAUCACCUGUUUAUUUAGCAUCAUCUGAAAAAGAACUGUAUAUAACAAGUGUUCAAUCUGCACUCCUGUUUUGUUGGAAUGAAAACGUGUAGCAGAUUAGACAGGAGACGCCAGUACAUAAUGUCUUAUGUUUACUUCUCCAUUUUCAUCUGGACUUAACCUUUCAUUUUAAAAAUUAUAAUAAAAUGUGUUACAUGAAUUCCAAAACUUUGACUUGUAUACAAUAAAUCUAAUGAAUAAGAA